UCAUUCGUACCAUUUGUCUGUAGAAUCCAUCGUGUAGACGAGGCCUGCGAGCAUAUACCUACCCAGCUCGAGAGCAAGAGAGAGAGAGAGAGAGAGAGGGAGAGCGCGAGAGGCGUGACGCGCGUUGUCCGCGAGAUCGUCGUCUUGUCGGUGUUUCGAACUGAUUCCAGCGACCGGAUUCCGAGAUGUAGAGAGUGCGGGUGGUGCAGGAACGUCGGGUCGGUGCGCAGGAACAUCCGAGAUUGCUGUAGCUCAUGAAAUUUCGUGAGUCUUUUGGACUUCUCUGUGACCCCUGGCGCUAGCAGGCACGAGGGCUCAAAGUUUUGGUUAGGAACGAAUUGUGCCUCGUGUUGAAUAAUCGUGGUGCGUGAGGACAAUCUCCCCCCUUGAAUUCCGCAACUGCGUGGCGUGGGCGGGCUAAGACCCAACGGUUUUUAGACUGGGGCAAUUGUGGCGGACGAGUGGAUGCAAGGCGACGGCACGAUGCGCAUUCGAUGUCUCCUCCUUCGAAUCACCGGCUUGCUGCUUGCCUUGGGCGCAGCAGCAGCAGCCGCAGCCGCAGCAGAAACCCCAGCAGCAGCAGCGCGAGCGCCGUCCAACGUGACGCUCGAGAGCGUGACGGUGAUGAGGGACAUGGGCGCCGUGCUGCCGCCCAGCGUCUUCUUCGCGUGCCGGGACGACGCCUCCCACAUCGCGCUCCCGCAAGUGCGCAGCACGCUCACCAGAUUCGACUUCUCCGGCCACGAGCCCUGGCAGCCCGUGACGCAGCUGGGCCACGAGCAGUGCAAGCAGUGCGGCGUGUACGAGCGCAUGCUCUUCCUCUUCACCUCCACCGUCGCCGAGUGGACCCUCUGCCCCGCCAACUUCUCUCUGCGGGACCCGCACAGGCCCGCUGCCAGCAGACCGCACACGCGCAGCGAGAUCGGCGCAUCUGUCACGGGUGGCGUGGCGGUGGUUGACGUGCCGGGGGUGCUCUAUGUGUCGCUCGCCUGUGACACCUGUGCGGCUCCCCCGCCUCCUCCUCCUGCCCAACCUGUAACGCAGUUUGAUCCAGCGGUCACGAGUGUCACGGGCUCGUGGGUCACGAGCGUUAUCCUCUCCUUCGCCUUCAUCGUGGCCCUCGCCAUGUGCUGCGUCAUCGCGCUCAUUCUGCGUCGCCAGCACCGCCGCCGCCAGCCCCAUGAUGAGAUGGAGAAAUCCCGAUUUCUAGGCCUGCACGGUGGUGACAGCAGCAGCAGCAGCAGCCACCCGGAGCAGAGUCACAAUGCACCGUACCUAGACAAGGACACUGAAGGCGGGGAUGACGGUGGUUCUGGUGUAGGGGGAGGAGCGGAAGGAGUAGGGGGUAGUGCUGCUGCUGCUGCUGCUGCUGCUGCUGCUGCCGUCGCCGCUGCCGCUGGUGCUGGUUUUGACAAUGGCUAUAGAGAUGAUGAUCCGUUCAUGGGUAAUGGCCAUGCUACUGCUGAGCUUCACUACCGCAGUUUUGUAGCCGGGAAGUCGGAUGAGCAUAGAGUGCCUAUGAUUUAGUGGCUCUCUGAAGCAUAUGUAUGCGCUGCGAUAGAGACAAGGGCCCAAGAUGGGCCCUGUGUGAACCAUUGAUGCUUUUGCCUCUUUUUAGCUUCAUCUUUGACUUAAUCAUAACAAUAAU